AUGGCCCAUGUGUCAAGGAUGCGCACGCCCAUUGAGCACUGUCUGAAAAAGCCAUUACACUCGGUGAAGGACACUGCCUGGGUCGCCAUCUCCAAACAUGGCAUCAUUGGACCAUUCUGGUCAGAGGACGACAACGAGCGGUCUGUGACAAUCAACACCGAGCGAUAUGUCCAGGUGCUUGGCAAGUUCUGGACAGCACUUGGUCGACGAAGAGGAGUUGUCAGGGUCCUCCAGUGGUUCCAGCAGGAAGACAGGGUUUACGGCAACAACCCCCAGACUAUCACUGACCUGAAGGCAGCAAUCACAGCAGCAAUAAGAGUGAUCCCAAGGGAGGAAUGCGGGAGGGUCAUCGAGAACUUUGCCCACCAUAAAGAUGACGAUGGCGACGGAAUUCCAGAUGACCAAGAAGAUUCCGAUGGCGACGGGAUUCCAGAUAGUAUAGAUAAUGAUGACGACGGCGACGGAAUUCCUGAUAAUUUGGAAAAAGACACCGAUGGUGAUGGGAUUCCUGACUAUUUAGACGACGACGAUGAUGGAGACGGAAUUCCCGAUUCACAAGAUAAAGAUGACGAUGGUGACGGAAUUCCGGAUGACCAAGAAGAUUCCGAUGGUGACGGGAUUCCAGAUAGUUUAGAUAAUGAUGAUGACGGAGACGGAAUUCCCGAUAAUUUAGAAAAGGAUACCGACGGUGAUGGAAUUCCGGAUUAUUUGGAUCCUGAUGAUGACAAUGAUGGAAUUCCAGAUGAUCGUGAUCGAGACGACGACAAUGACGGUAUUCCAGACGAACAGGAAAUCGAUACGGAUGGCGAUGGCAUACCGGAUUACUUGGACGAUGAUGACGACAACGACGGCAUACCAGAUGCCCAAGACAAUGAUGAUGACGGCGAUGGGAUCCCAGAUGACAGGGAAAAAGAUACAGACGGCGACGGAAUACCGGAUUACCUAGAUGAUGACGACGACAACGACGGCAUUCCAGAUUCUGAGGAUGAUGACGACGACGGUGAUGGGAUUUUGGACGUAGAUGAAAAAGACACUGAUGGCGACGGCAUACCAGAUUAUUUAGAUGACGACGAUGAUGGUGAUGGAAUACCAGAUUAUUUAGACGAAGACCAAAAUGGUGAUGGAAUACCAGAUUAUGAGGAAGUGACUAAAGACGAGUUAUGAUGAUUUAUGUGAUCUUCCAAAAUAUAAAUGUGCUUUUUUAUCCAAACAUAAUCUCUUUUACACUUCAAAACCAUUUUCAAAGAAGGAAAAACUUGGCGUAUCAAAACAUCACUCUCCACGGCAGCAGUGCGUUGUUAAGUAGAAAUACAAAUUUGUGCUAGAAAAUUGGGCGCGAUUCCAUUUCAUAUUUGAAAUACAUUUAUAAAGAGACUUCUGUAAGUCAUCGCCUGGAAUAGCUCAUGUCCCCUUUUUCAACAUAUAUAAGUUCAACAUCAAUACAUUUUGCUGUGCGUCUGUACUGUGUAAAGGUCUGUAAUAAAUGUGAUAACUUUUUAUGUGCACGCGUGUAGAACAUGUGAUAUCAUACAUAGUCAUAACAGCUCCUCGCCGCCAUACGCCAUAGGUGCUAGUUCAGUCCUGUGCUUUUUAACAGCGCAAAACGAUAGAUAUUUCUGGAUACAUAAGGUUGUCAGAAACCAAUCAACAGAGCCAAUUAUGUUUAUGGGGUCAAGGACAUUUAAUGACCAGCACGCUAAAAACAAUAAGGCUUACAAUCAACGCAAGACUUUUUCAUAUAACUGAAGCACCCAAGUGUUAAACGACAUUGUUUA